UCGCUUUGGGCCUUUUUGGCCACCACCAUGCAAGAACCGUCACGAAUCAUGAGCCAAGAGACCGACGGGGAGGUCGCCGGCGUUGCCAACAGCCAUGACGACAAGGCAGACCACGUCCAUGGCACGAUCAGACGCCGGGCCGACGCCGAUUCGGAGGAAGACGACGGAGAGCGUGGUGGUGGUGGCCACGAGCCAUUCUUUCAGUGCCUUGAUCAGGAACAACCCCCCGACACGGCGCAUUAUUUGCACGACGCCAGGGUCGAGUUUCCCUCCGACGAGGACGGUGACGGCGACGACGUCCGCUUCUCCUUCGCCACCGCCGAUGGCGACCACCUCCUCGAGGACCAGGCCGAGCUGGACCUGGACGUGGAGGAGGAGGACGAGGAAGAGGACACGUCCAGGUAUGACUACGGCACGUGGAUGGCGCCGGAGACCGUGUCCAUCCAGGAACGUCGCCGCCGGCUGCUCCAGGGCAUGGGGCUCACCAGCAGCAAGGACCUCCUCCGGAGCCGGAACGCGAGGUCGAGGCUUCCGCCUGACAUCCCACGCUACGUUCCCCGGCGACAGCCGCAGCAGCAGCAGCAGCAGCAGCAUCCGCCCGCGGCCGUUGCCGACGCGCCGAGCACGACGAACGCCGCGCCGACGACGGUGGUGGCCGCCACGGCACUUCCCGAGAUCGCGGAGCACCAGCGGAACGCCGUCCUGACACGGUCACGCUCCGACAGCCGCCUCGCCGUCCGCGGUGGCGCCGCGAGGAAGCCGUCGUCGUUCCGCCGCGUGUGCUCGCUGCCGCACAGGCUGCAAGGCUCGCCGGUCCACAAGGCUCUCCGCGCGGCUGCCCGGUGUCCGUUGCCAUCAGCGCCGUCCAAGGACGGAGGAACUGGCAAGGCCAUCGCCGGCGACACGGGCGGUGGCUUCAAGCACCCGAAGAACGGCAGGCAAAUCGUAGCCAACGGCCACCGUAACGAUGCCCGCCGCAGUGCGCCGCUGAACAUAGACCAGCUCCAGCGGUUCAUCGCCCACUCGCCGUUCGUGACGCAGACCGUGCGCCGCAGCCAGAGCCAGCCGGUGCCGGCGGGCAAGGACGACGAGAAACCGGUCGAGAAGAGGAGAACGCGGUGGCUCAGGAACAUCAAGCUCGUCGCGUCUGCCGCCGGGAUCAUAAACGACAAGGACAAGCAGGACGGCGGCGGCCGACCGGCACGGACUGCUUCGGUGACCAUGUCCAAGUCGUCGUCGGCGCACGCCGCCGUGUCGUCGUCGGCCGCCACGGGGCCCGAAAGGCUCAAGGUGCACCACUACGGCAAGUCCAGCAGGGAGCUGACCGGGCUGUACAUGCGGCAGGAGGUGCGCGCGCACGAGGGCUCGAUUUGGAGCAUCAAGUUCAGCCCCGACGGCCGGUUCCUCGCCAGCGGCGGCGAGGACAGCGUGGUGCGCGUCUGGGAGGUCCAGAACGUGGACGCCUCGUCGUCCGCCGUGGCGGAGGAGGUCUCCACCUCCAUGCCUCCGCCGACGCCGGCUGCAUCCACGGACGGCGGCAGGUCGGCGGCGGCGGUUCCCGGGCUGGCGGCGCAGUUGUCCAGGAAGGUGAGGAGGGGGAGGAGCAGCAAGGACGUGCUCCCGGAGCACGUCGUCGUGCCGGAGACCGUGUUCGCGCUCGCCGAGCAGCCGUCGUGCGCCUUGGAGGGCCACCAGGACGACGUGCUCGACCUGUCGUGGUCCAAGUCCCAGCAGCUGCUGUCGUCGUCCAUGGACCACACGGUGCGGCUCUGGGACGUGGUCACCAAGACGUGCCUGAGGGUGUUCCCGCACAGCGACUACGUUACCUGCGUGCAGUUCAACCCGGUGGACGAUGGCUACUUCAUCAGCGGCUCGCUGGACUGCAAGGUGCGCAUGUGGAGCGUGCCGGACCGGCAGGUCGUCGACUGGAGCGACCUCAACGACAUGGUCACCGCGGCGUGCUACACCCCAGACGGGCAGGCUGCGAUUAUUGGAUCACACAAGGGGAGCUGUCGAUUCUACAAGACAACAGAUUGCAAGCUUAACCAGGAGGCACAAAUCGACAUGAGCAUAACCAAGAAACGCAAGUCCCAGGCUAAAAAGAUCACAGGAUUCCAUUUUGCGCCGGGGAACCCGUCGGAGAUCUUGGUGACAUCGGCGGACUCGCAGAUCCGGGUGUUCAACGGCAUCAGCGUCCUCCAGAAAUUCAAAGGGACCCCGUGUUUCUUCCUGCCAGGCUUCAAGAACACCAGCAGCCAGAUCUCGGCGUCCUACACGGCCGACGGCCGCUACGUGGUGUGCGCCAGCGAGGACUCCAACGUCUACGUGUGGCGCCGUGUCCCGGGCAGCGUCGGCGGCGGCGGCACGGGCGUCGGCGGCACGGGCGGCAGCGGCGGCGGCGCCAGCAGCAUCAGCGUCAGGGCCAAGACGUGGCUCACCAGCCGCUCCUACGAGUACUUCUUCUGCCGGGACGUGUCCGUGGCCGUGCCGUGGCCCGGGUCGCCGUGCGCCGCGUCCCGGGGCGGGGACGGCGACGGCGACGGCAACGGCAACGGGAAGAGGGACACGCCGUCCAGGAAGCAGCAGAGCUCGUCGCGCCGCCACGACGUCGUGGGCGGCUGCCUACCGCGGGUGACCAAGUCCGGGCCGAUGACGUACCACGGCGGGAAGCUGCUGCUGCACCCGGAGCUGUCUCGCCGGGAGUCGCAGUCGUCGUCCGCGCGGUGGCACGGCGGCGCCGAGGGCGGCAACGCGUGGGGGAUGGUGUUGGUGACCGCCAGCCGUGGCGGCGAGAUCCGCGUGUACCAGAACUUCGGCCUGCCUGUGGCCAAUCUCUUCCACUAGCUAGGGGAAAUGGAGCGAUCCAUUGGUCUGCAUGUAUGGAUGCAUGCAACAGCAACACGACGAUGAAAUUUUCCCAGCGGAGAAACUGGUGUAGCAAUGCUGUUGGGGGUGUUGUUGGUGAAUGGUGAUUGUGAGUCCCGAUUUUUAAGGGAAUGAAUGAUUGAGCAAGGAUAGCCACAGUUUGCUGGGCUUGGAUUUCAGAGGGGAUGGAUUUUGCAGCAAGGAUAACCUUUCUUCUUCAAGAAGAGAUGAACUGAUGUACAGAUGAUAUACGAGGUUUUUUUUUAGAAAACAUGUACAAGAAGAAUAGAAUUGGAGUACAAAUGUGGUGUACUAUUGAUCAAUGUAUGAUGAGCAGAUGCAAAGAGCUUUGUGUAAAUCUAGUUGGGGUUCCCCUUUUGCUCUGAAAAAUAGGUUGUGGCUAUGAUCAAUGAGGAAGAGGCAUUUCAAAACAUAUUUGCUAGACA